UCCGUACGACUUCGGUGGAUAGCCUCAAGUAGCAGAAGGGCAGUUGCAGUGGAGCUGCGGCAAGACUUUUAGUCAUUAACGAAAUGGAUUUGGGUGAGCGCACACGAUGCAUUUCCAUUACGUGGGCAUUAUUAAUCAUAGUUUGUCAAACGAUGUGCGAGUCGGUCUGUGUGAGCGAGAGUCCGAGCCAGAACUUUGCGACCGUUCUAACUGCUGUCUACCACAGCCAUCGUAUGCUCUUCCUAACCGGCCUGGCCACAUUGGCAUUGACUCUUCUUGGCUGCCUGGGUUGCCUUGUCUGUACCUGCUGUCGCCUGGCAAGACGAAGAGCUGAGAGCCUGGACUCCUACGCUCCACGCACGCAGAGCAUUGUUUGGCCCUCUAUGCCCGCUGAGACGGCCCGUGUGCUCGAGUUGACCUUUUUGCACACUCCCAAUGCCGUGGACUGCAUCUGCCGCGGCUGCAGCAGGGCGCGGAAGGAGCGUUGCCUCGAGGACUGUCUGAAUGGAACCGAGUCAAGUCUGAUGGAGUUAUUGCUGUCGCUGUUGUUGCUCCUACUCGUAGCCUAUCCUAAAUUCUUGGAGGCCAACAACUUUACGGGCGAUGACUGGUUUAAUGGGACGCACUUGUUAGAUGACGUUGAUAAUACGACUAAGUCAAAUGAAUAUGCAAUCAUGAGGAACACUAUGAAAGAAACUAUUCAUUAUGUGCCGUUGGAUCCAUUGAGGAGAGUGGCUUUUGUGGCUCUCAUGCUGCACAUUUUGAUCGUCGGUGGAGGUCUUAUCAUCUAUAGUGUCGUCUGUUGCAAAUCACGCACGGAUAGAAAACGAUUGCUGGAGCUUAAGCGACGUCUACAGAGUCCACCCACAUUGCAGCACAUACCAAAUUCACCGAAUUGUCCCUGCCAUGGCUGUCGGGUAGCGAGGCAAAUUCUAAGCGGACUGAUAGUACAGCAAAUAAUUAAUGAGCGUGUCGAACGCUAGUGAUCUAAAUACAUAUAGGGUAUAUUAGAAAGGAAUCACCUUGUAAU